AUGCCACAAAAAAGUAAAGGCCCAGGGCUUACCGAAAUUCAAGAAGAAUUGGCUGAAAGGGAAGAGGAAGAAGACGAAGAAGGAAUUGAAAUACAAAAUGAUGAAAAUACUAGGAAGGAUUCUUUAAGGAAUGGAUCUGUUAAUGGGAACGGAAAUGGGUUUUCGAAGAAAGUUCAAUUGAAUACUAGUGAAGAUCCUCUUAAACGAUUUCAGCUGGAAACAGAACUUUUCCGUGGCCAGUUUAGCGUUAUACGCUAUGCCAUUGACUCUAAAACAAGUUCCCAUUGUAUAGGUAUUUUUAGAAUCUUAUUGUUCCUUACAAUUACAAAGAUAUUUUGUUCAGUUAAAAUACGUGCCUCACCUACUCACGGCUCUCUAAUGUUUGCAACACCAGCAGAACGUAUGAAGGCUGCAUUAAUUGAAUAUGAAACACUAUCAGAAUGUCAACAUGAAAACAUCGUUCAACUUCUAGCUGCUUAUUGUUCUGACAAUGCUUUCCAACUUCUUUUCAUGGAGCGUCUUUAUGAAGAUAUUUUUCAAAGAUUUGUGAGGCUUGAGACAUAUUCUGAGGAGCAAAUAGCUUUUGUUAUUCGUCAAAUUGCUGGUGCUCUUCGAUGGAUCCACUUUUGUGGAUUUGUUCACGGUGAUGUUGAACCUACAAACGUAAUGUUUACCACAAAACGAGCUUGGCAUGUUAAAUUAAUUGACUUUGGGAGAGCUCGUCUUAUAGGUUCGCGUAAUGGAUUAGCAGGUGAUGGACAGUUACUUGAAGAAUGGACUGCACCGGAAGUUCUAUUAUUAACAACUAAAAAGACUUCUAAUGGAUUGGAAAACAAUUCCGCCAAAAAUAACGAAGAUCAAAUUUUGGCCAAUCAGCAAAGUGAUAUGUGGGGUCUUGGCCUAAUUACUUUUUGCCUACUUGCUGGCUUUCAUCCAUUUGCUGAUGAAACGGACACACCUCAAGAAGUACGCCAUAAUGUGCUUGAGGAACGUUGUGAUCCGAACCUUGCGGAGAAUGCGUACAGACGAAGCACUUUCACAUCGUUGGUUAGCAUCAGACCAGGCAAUGGUUCGCCGACGUGA